GAGUGACCGGGCGGGGGGCGUGGCCUGCGCUGCCCCUCCCUCCACUACUACAGCUCCUGCCUGCAGUCACGUUUAGCUGCUACAUCACGCUGCUGUAACAUCUGCCCGCGCGCGCUCUGUCUCUGACCGUCCCUGGACUCUUCGGACUCGCCGGACUCUUCCUCCUGCUGCUCCGCGGUUUGACCUCUCUUCGACCUUUUGACCUCCUGUUCCAGUGUCAGCCAUGUUGGUGAUCUUGGCCUUCAUCAUCCUCUUCCACAUCAUUUCAGCAAUACUGCUCUUCAUAGCAACUACUAACAGUGCUUGGUGGGUUGCUAAAGCAGGGAACUUCUACACUGACCUGUGGUACAGCUGCAACGUCACCUGUGUCGAUAUACCAAACAGUGCGGCCAAAGAUUCGGGUUACCUUCAGACUAUUCAGGCUACCAUGAUCCUGGCCACCAUCCUGUGCUGCGUAGGCUUCUUCGUCUUCUUCCUGCAGCUCUUCCGUUUGAAGCAGGGAGAGAGAUUCGUCUUCACGGCCAUCAUUCAGCUCCUGUCUUCUCUGUGCGUGAUGGUCGGCGCCUCCAUCUACACAGCCGAGCGGACGAGCUUCCAGACGACGCCCGUGCAGGAGGGCGAUUACGGCUACGCCUUCGUGGUGGCCUGGGUGGCGUUCCCCAUGACCCUCAUCAGCGGCCUGAUGUAUCUAGUGCUGAGGAAACGCAAGUAGAUGAAGUUCACAACAGCCGACCUCACCAGCUGCCACCAGCUACAGCCUUUAGCCAAGAGAAUUUAUUUUGUAAAUAUUCUUUUUUUUUUUUUUCGUUUAUUUGUUUGUUUAAAAAAAAAAAUGUAGUUUAAAAAAAAAAAGUCAAAAUGUAAUAUUUUGGAAAAAUAAAAUCGUUUAAAAAAUGAUAAAAUAAAAAGAAAUAAAGAAAAAAAAAAUAAGAAGAGCGUAACAUUAACCGACCGUAGCAUACUGGAAACUAACUGUAGUUUUACUUUUCCUUAAAUUUAAGUUUUUACGUUGAAUUUUUAACCUGUUUUACUCUGUGUGUGUGUGUGUGUAAUGUGUGUAAAAAGUUUUGGAAAUUGAAUUGUGUUGCAUUGUGGGGGUUUGAGUUUGUUAGGAAUUUAAUAGAAUUUAACAAACAAACUUAAGAAACAAAAAUAAAGUUGAGGGGAACGGGGGGGGGGG